GGCGCGAAGCCCCAUUGGUCGGAGAGGUCCAUAGCGGAAGUGAUGUGGCCUUGCCCAGCGGCAGAAACGGACACGCAUUCACCGGUCUGCUCCCUCCGGGGCUAGUUAAUGUUCGUCCGCGUCGUCGGUAGCUUGUGUCAGAGAGUACCCAGCGUGUUAACCCGGCGGUCGGUGAUGACGAAGCCGAACGUUGUCUUCGUGCUGGGCGGGCCCGGCGCCGGCAAAGGGACCCAGUGUUCCAAAAUAGUGGAGACCUAUAAAUGCACCCACCUGUCAGCGGGGGACCUGCUCAGAGAAGAGCGAUGCAGAGCCGAGUCUAAGGAUGGACAGCUCAUUGACGCCUACAUCAAAGAAGGCAAAAUAGUUCCUGUGGAGAUCACCAUCAACCUCCUCAGGAAGGCGAUGGAAGAGACGAUGCAGAAGGACAGCAGCAAGAGUUGUUUCCUUAUCGACGGUUUCCCUCGUAACGAGGACAACCUUCACGGGUGGACCCGCGUCAUGGAUGGAAAGGCAAAAGUCAAAUUUGUGCUUUUUUUUGACUGCGGCACCGAGGUUUGCAUCAACAGGUGUUUAGAACGGGGGAAGAGCAGCGGGCGCACCGAUGACAACCGAGAGAGCUUGGAGAAAAGAAUCCAAACCUACCAGCAGUCCACACGACCAAUCAUUCAGCUGUACGAGAAGCAGGGCAAGGUGCGGACUGUGGAUGCGUCUCGUCCUGUGGAUGAGGUGUUUGCUGAUGUGAUGGACCUCCUGAACAAAGAAGGUUUUUUGCUAAAUUAAAAGCCAUCCUACACAAAGAAGCUUGAGCAACAUUCAUAACCUUCUACUUUAUAUGUUCAUAUUUUUAUGUUGGAUUACCUUUGAUUUCCAUGUCUUUUGUAAGCGCUACACAGCAUCUGUGUGUGAGACAGUGAGUGAGUGAAUGAAUGAAUGAAUGGGAAGCUUCUUCUUCAUCACCUGGCUCUUGUGCAGAAGAGCUCACAGCUGUGUCUCCUGUCUCUGUCUGAGGCCUUAGCGUCCAACUAAUCACCCUUUAUUUUAAAAUGAUGAUGUUUUAUUUUGUCAAAGGCAAUCAGACCUGGUCAUUCUCCCUGAUGUCAUCAGGGUGGUUUUGUCUGAGCAGCGCUUAAGGUGUGAGACCACGGUUGUGCGUGUAACCUGGUGAGGAGAACAGAAAAGUCCAAGGUCCUGAUGGAAUACCAGCAUCUUCUGGGGCACUAAAGACGGUGUGACCGCUGCCAUGUUGGGACGUCGGCCAUGUGAAGAUGAAUUUAACCUCUCUAGCUCCACCUGCCACACAAGUUAUGAGUAAAAAUGUAGAUGGAAAUGUAAAAUAUGAAGGCUCUUUGAGAUGAAAGCAUAAAGUUGAAAGUUCAAACUAA